GCACCGUCGCCGCGUCCCCAUCGAAAAAUGUUUGCGCUGCGCGUGCAUCGCCGAAAUUGAUCCGAUACGAGAACCGAACCACUGUGGCGGCGUGUAGCGUGUGUAUUUAUUUGAAUCGCUCGAAAACGACGCUUGUUUUGUAACGGUCGUCCGGUUUUUAUUGUGCGUUGUUUUGCGGUGAAUAGUUUCGGUUUUUGAUGGUCACGAAGGAGUUUGCGCGUGAAUAAAGACCCGCGCCAUGUCUGAGAACAACCGCGGUGGUGGCGGAUCGGGGAACAGCACUUGGGGUGCGGAAGGAAUGUGGUGGUCCGCCGAACAGCAGCAGCAACUGCUCCAGCAAAUGCAAGCCCAGCACCAACAAAACCUCGAAACCGUGCUGAGUACGGCAUGUCAAACACCCCUAAAUCAAAUGUACACGUACAAAAUGGCCAAUAGCGGGCAGUUCCAGAAUAAUUCCUCUUCAUCCUCGGGAGGAACGACCACGGGACAACAGGACUCGAGUUACAAUAGUGGCAUCGUGGACUAUAGUCAGUUAAGUUCGUCUGCGGCAGGUGGUCAAGCUGCUCAGGCUCAGCCGCAGCAACAACAGAAUUGGUGGGGUUACCAUCAGUCGUCGCAGCAAGGGCAGGACAUGCACAGCGGGUUGCAGGGACUGCAGAACAUGUCCAAUCAGCAGAGCAUACACAAUCAGGUGCAAGAAGCACAGUCUAGACAAGAAGAGGCGCAUAGACAGGAAGCAAACCGACAGCACCAGGAGGCUGUGCAGAGACAACAGCAGGAAGAAUACAGGCAUCACCAGGAGGUCCUUCAUCAGCACCACCAAGCAAUAACAGAAGCCCAAGUUAGGCAACACCAACUGCAACAGCAGUUACAUAACAACCAUCACCAGAUUUUACAAUCGAUCUUUUUGCAGCAGCACCAGCAACUUACCCAACCAAAAGGCAGGAUGCCGAAAAAGAACGAUUCCAGACCCAGGGGCCGCAUGACCGCCUACGCAUUCUUCGUUCAAACGUGCCGCGAGGAGCACAAGAAGAAACACCCCGAAGAGAACGUGGUGUUCGCCGAGUUCUCCAAGAAGUGCGCAGAAAGAUGGAAGACCAUGUCCGAUAAGGAAAAGAAGCGUUUCCACGAGAUGGCCGAGACUGACAAGAAGCGCUACGACACCGAGAUGCAGAGCUACACUCCGCCCAAGGGCGAGAAGCAAAGGGGCAAGAGGAGGAAACAACAGAAGGAUCCCAACGCACCCAAAAGAUCUUUGUCUGCUUUCUUCUGGUUCAGCAAUGAUGAGCGCUCCAAAGUGAAGGCUGCGAAUCCUGAAUACGGCGUUGGUGACAUCGCCAAGGAAUUGGGCAGAAGGUGGGCCGAAGCCGACCCUGAGACCAGAUCAAAAUACGAUGUUCUGGCCGACAAAGACAAAAUCAGAUAUGAGAAGGAAAUGACAGCAUACAAAAAGAAGAACAAUCCCGCUCUUCAACAGCAAGCCGUACCUGAUGACAUCGCCGAGGACGAUGAUGACGUAGAUGACGACGAAGACGAGUAAACCACUGUGGCGCGUCUUCACACCCAUCUAUUCUCAUUCCCUCUAUUUAACCGGGCCGAAGACCCCCAAAUAUUCUCACACACGCGCCGGUCCUCGCACCGAUCGUCUUUCCGUUUCAAAUCUAAUCGAAUAUAACCUCAAAAAAGAGUCUUGGUUUAAUCAAAUUCCAGUUAUUAUUAGUAUUUAUUUUCGAGAAAGACGAUAGGUACAAACCACCGGUUUUUGGUCUCUUGGCCCGGGCUUUUUUUGUAAAUAGACAUUCAGUAGCGGUGUAAUUUUUAUUUUUUUCUCUUCGUUUUUUAAGAUUAUUAUUGUUUUUUACCUCCCCCAGUCUCAGUGUGUACUUAUGACUUGUACGUCGAAAACAGACUGAAUUGCGUGCAAGAGAUUCAGAAAUUUAGAAUAUCGUUCAAUUUUAUUUUUCGCCCACCCCCCGUAUAGUAGUGUAUAGUCGUUUCCGUUCAAAAUACUGAUCGUCGUCCGUCUCAGACUGUUCUUCUUUAUUAAUUAAACGAAACGUGAAAAAAAACGUGUGUUAUGGGAGCCUUUGAAGUUACGUUCGACGAGUAUUUUGUACCAUAUUAUUUGACAAAAUUUUAUAUUAAAUUACCUCUUAUUGUCAUUUCAUAGGUUACUGUGACGCCGUUUUUUGUUUUUAAAUAUUAACUAACGUAAUUUAAUUUUAUAACUUAAAUUGUUAGCUGCUGGUUCAGUUACAAAAAAAAAAUAUUUUUAUCCAAUUGACUAGAUUUUUUAAAAACCGUAAUUGACAUUUCGAUCAGUAUAUCAGUGUCCAAAUAAUAGCGAGCGUUCUAUAUAAACUUACAUGAGUUGCGCUCCUUUUAUCCUGUACAAAACCUCAAUGUCACUUUCCCUUAUUUUUUUAAUUAACUAAUUUAAUUUAAAGUAAUUUAAUCGCCUAUAGAGCUACGUUCUCCAAUUUCCCGUAAUCAUUUUGCACACGGUUUUUAACUGAUAAAAACAGUUGUUCCCUUUUUUAAGUUCUCUAUGUUUUCGUAUUUUUCUCGUAAAAUUACCAAAAAGAAUCGAUCCUCCCCUAAACUUCAAGGUCGUCGAAUUUAAGAAAAAAUGCAUGCGUGCGUUUUUUUUUCAAGUCAAAGUACAAAAAAGUGUAGUUUUUUGAUAUUUUUAGAGAAAUAUUUUCGAUAGCCUUGUUAAAAGUGCUUUUUCAAAGUUUGGGGAUUGGUAAUUUUCGGUCCGUUCUUAUUUUUUUAACUUUUAAGUAAGCAUAUAAUUCAGCAUAAUUACUAUACUUCCCCUAUAGGAUAAGCAGAGCAGAUAUUUUUAUCAUUUUUAGUGUUGUUGAAUAUUGUUCUGAUAAAUAAAAUGUAUAGGAUAGGUAGUUGUGUAAGAACAAAUGUGACGCGAUACAACCCUGAACUUCUACCCUAUUGUACAUUUUUUUAAUAAAAGAAGAUGGACAAUACUAUCAGAACGUUUCAUGUUUGAAAAUUCUCAAAGAUUUUCAAGAAUGAGACUUUUGUUUCAUGAAAAUGCCAGUUUUUACUUAAUUUCCUGUUUAAUUUUCUCUAUAAUGUAUCAUAAUAAUUGAUUUGUCAUGUAAGAAAAUGUAUAAAAUAUUCAAGUGAAAUGUUUUAGUCUAAGUUAAUAUUGCUUAAGUCAAUUUAGUUUAAUUGUAAUUUAAUAAUUUUUCGUGAUGUGUUCCGUAAAAUUUAAGAAAUUUUGUCGGUUCAAUGAGAUUGACGGAAAAGGAACAUUUCACUUCAAUAGCCCUUGCUCUGUUUUAUUGUAGGGCCAGAUGAUAGGAAGCAAUGUUUGUUUUUAUAAUGUCUAGGGAAAAAUGAAAUAUAAUAAAAUUUUCAACAAAA